CGCAGUUGUCAUCAGUCUGUGAAAAAGCGUCUUCGUGUCUAAAUCGUGUUGUUUUGUGGAAAUAUCACUUUCGUGAGAAAUACCAUUUGUACGAGUAAAUAUAUAAAAGAUACAUACGAACAUACAUACUAAAAUGCGUUUGGGAGCAACUGUGCCGAACUUCAAAGCUGAGACUACCCAGGGUCCAAUUAGUUUUUACGAUUGGCAAGGAAACUCAUGGGUCGUCCUAUUCUCACACCCCUCGGACUUUACACCCGUCUGCACCACCGAGUUGGGACGCAUCGCCGUUCAUCAGCCAGAAUUCGCCAAACGUAAUGCCAAGUGUUUGGCUCACUCCGUUGAUGAUUUGAAAUCACACGUUGACUGGGUGAACGAUAUUAAGUCCUAUUGUCUGGAUAUUCCCGGAGAAUUUCCCUACCCGAUCAUUGCAGACCCUGAUCGUGAUUUGGCUGUACUCUUCGGCAUGCUGGAUGAGGAGCAGAAACGUGACCCGGAAAUCGGCAAAACCAUUCGCGCACUCUACAUCAUCAGCCCCGAUCACAAAGUUCGUGUGUCGAUGUUCUACCCCAUGUCCAUGGGCCGAAAUGUUGAUGAGAUCUUACGUUGCUUGGACUCAUUGCAACUGACUGACAAGCUGAAGGUUGUGGCCACACCCGCCAACUGGACUCCUGGCACCAAAGUCAUGAUCCUUCCCACUGUGACCGACGAGGAAGCAAACAAACUGUUCCCAAAAGGUUACGACAAAGUGACAAUGCCGUCCGGCGUCAAUUAUGUUAGAACUACUGAAAAUUACUAAACUUUAGUCAAACAAAAACCAAAAGCAAAAAAAUUAAAAAAAAAAAAUAUUUUACAAUUUAACUCCAUAGGGGUUGAGUUGGUGCCCUUUUAUUUUAUUCUGUGCUGAUCAUUUUAAAAAUGAUUUUGUGCUUGAUCUUUAAAUUAUUGUUACUGUUAAGUAGAAAACAAAUAAUAAAUUUUGAGUACAAUUCAAUUUA